AUGAAAUCCAUAAUUUUGUUAUUGUUUCUUGGUCAGGCAACUUUGAUCAUGAGUGAACCACUCUACGCGGACAUUUUCCGAUGCAAAAAAGACUCUGGAAGCUUUCUAGCGAACAGCCAAUACGAGAAAGACCUCAAGACUGCAAUGGAUAGGCUAAGUGUAUCCGUAAAAAACGGUAUCCACGUUGGAAGGGCCGGUGUGGUUUUCGCCUUAUGUUUUUGUGCAGGCUAUUUGAAAACCGGAGAUUGCGCAUCUUGCGUGAACAACACAAUUCCACUUCUUCUAAAGAGCUGCCCAAAGCAAAACCAAGCAUUGGCAUGGAGGAGCAAAUGCAUGGUACAAUAUGGUCUUGAAAAUAAUGUAGGUGACUUUGAUUCUUGGUUUGUUGCCCAUGAAACUAGUGAUAAUAAAACAAAGGAUGUUCAAGGGCUUGAAAAAACCAUGAAGGUUUUGGUGGAUAAACUAUCGAACGAAGCGGUGACAAAGACCAACUAUUACUAUGCUUAUGGAACUAUGCCUUAUGGCUCACGUCAAACUUUGUUCAUGGUUAUGCAAUGUAUUAGUGUUUUAAAACAAGAAGAAUGCCUUAAUUGUUUACAAGUCCGUGUAUAUGGAGAGAUGAAACGGUGUUGUAGUGGUGCAACAGCUGCAGCAACAAUAACCACCGGUUGCUAUAUGAGGUAUGCCCAUGAUGAUUUCCGAGUUCGGUAA